AUGUCAUUCUUUAAUCCUCUAGCUACAAUUUUGAGUCAAAAACCAUUGGAUGAAAAUAACUACGACCUAUGGAAAACCAAUCUUUAUAUUGUCCUUAAUUUUGAGAGAAUAAAAUUCAUUACAGCAACUCCGAAACCCCAUGAGCCCGUUGCUAAUGCUUCAGAGGAAACUAAAAAGCAAUUUGUAGAUUGGCAAUGGGCAAAUAUGAUAGCUUGCUAUUAUAUUCUUGCCAACAUUGCAGAACAUCUACAGAAGCAACUUGAUAAUCUCGAGUGUGUAUUAGAAAUAGUUCAGACUCUAGAUGAGAUGUUUGCUAAAAGUAACAGUACUACUAGACAAGCAGCCAUCAGGGCACUAAUGAACAGUCGAAUGAUUGCAGGAAAUGUACAAGACAAUUGUCUAAAGAUAAUGGCACACAUCAGUACUGCGAAAAUGAUGGAGGCUAAGCUGGAACAAGAGAUGAAGAUUGACAUAAUCUUGGAAUCUCUACGGAUAGAUUUAGUCUGUUCAAAAUAA